GCAUGUUUUCCCUUGGCGUUACGCGAUCGAACUCAAGCCAGCUUCAAAGUAACAAAUGUUUUUCAUUUGACAUUGAGACAUUAUACCGCUAGCCAACGCGACCGUGCAAAGAAGGAAGUUGUUCUUUGCUGCAUUUCUACUUCGGGGGUUUAGCAAGAAAUCGGUGGAAAAGUGAAAGUGCAACAUGUCGGACCGGGUACUGCUAUCGAAGGAUUCCGUCUAUCAGCAGAUUAAGGAAUAUUACAACGCGAACGGUGCGUCGAUUAACAUCAAGAAGCUGUUCGACGAAGAUGAUAUCCGUUUCGAUAAGUUCCAUUUGAAGCUAACGACCCCGAACGAUGGUGACAUCCUGCUGGACUACUCGAAGAACCGGGUGACGGAUGAUGCAUGGAAUCUGUUGCUAGAGCUGGCCGAAUCGCGUGAUGUCGUGAAGAUGCGCAACGACAUGUUCGAUGGCGAGCGGAUCAAUGUGACGGAGAACCGGGCCGUGCUGCACGUGGCGUUGCGUAACCGUUCGAACAAACCGAUCUUGGUCGAUGGUAAGGAUGUGAUGCCGGAUGUAAACGCCGUGCUGGAACACAUGAAGGAGUUCACUGAACAGAUCCACAGCGGUGCGUGGCGCGGUUAUACGAACAAGAAGAUUAGCGACGUGGUGAACAUUGGCAUCGGUGGUUCCGAUCUCGGUCCGCUGAUGGUAACGGAAGCGCUCAAACCGUACAACCAGGGCAUCCGGUCGCACUUUGUCUCGAAUGUGGACGGCACACACAUUGCCGAAACGCUCAAGAAGCUCGAUCCGGAGACGACGCUCUUUAUUAUCGCAUCGAAAACGUUUACCACGCAGGAGACGAUCACGAAUGCAACCGCCGCCAAGCGUUGGUUCCUGGAGCGUUGCACCGAGAAGGAGCAAGUCGCGAAGCACUUUGUGGCACUGUCCACCAACAAGGAAAAGGUGGCAGCGUUCGGUAUCGACACCAGGAACAUGUUCGAGUUCUGGGACUGGGUCGGUGGACGCUACUCGCUUUGGUCCGCCAUCGGACUUUCCAUCUCGCUCGCCAUCGGGUUCGACAACUUCGAGAAGCUGCUGGAAGGUGCCCACUACAUGGAUAAUCACUUCAUGACUGCACCGUUGAAUGAGAAUGCUCCCGUGAUUUUGGCGCUGAUGGGCAUUUGGUACUCGAACUUUUACGGUGCAGAAACACAAGCACUACUGCCGUACGAUCAGUAUCUGCACCGCUUUGCGGCCUACUUCCAGCAGGGUGAUAUGGAGAGCAACGGCAAGGGUGUAACGAAGGCUGGCGAAAAGGUUGAUUUUGCAACCGGACCGAUCGUAUGGGGUGAGCCGGGUACCAACGGUCAGCACGCGUUCUACCAGCUGAUUCAUCAGGGCACACGGCUUAUUCCGUGUGAUUUUAUCGCACCGGUUCAGACGCAUAAUCCGGUAGAGGACGGUGCAAUGCACACGAUACUGCUCGCCAACUAUCUGGCGCAAACGGAAGCGCUUAUGAUGGGCAAAUCAGCGGACCAGGCACGGGGCGAGCUGGAGAAGGCAGGCAUGGCCGGGGAUGCGCUGGAGAAGCUGCUCCCCCACAAGGUGUUCACCGGCAAUCGGCCGACCAACUCGAUUCUGGUGAAGAAGGUGACACCGUUCGUGCUCGGUGCGCUGAUUGCGAUGUACGAGCAUAAGAUAUUCACGCAGGGCGUCAUCUGGGACGUGAACUCGUUCGAUCAGUGGGGUGUCGAGCUGGGCAAACAGUUGGCCAAGGCGAUUGAGGUCGAUCUGGCCGAUCCGAACAAAACUACCACGCACGAUUCCUCCACCAACGGGUUGAUAAACUUCAUUAAAAUCAACCAGGAGAAGUAAACUGUGUCCGUGUAGUGUGGGGAGAUUAUUUAUUAAACCAAGCAGAUAACAAUAAGCGAAAUGGCGAAGAAACUAAAAUACUAUAUAACACCCUCACAUCCACACACCUAAGUGUAGGCACGCCCACCUUACUAAUCUUCCUUUCAGUAAUACUUUUUUGCUGGAUGUUAUCCCUUUGGGGAAGAUUUCCUAAACCACAUUUACAAACACACCCACACACACAAAAGCUAUUCACGCCAUUAGUUCUGGCGCAUUCUAGGGUAGAUGUUGUCAGAGUUGUCUUGCCUCCUAUUGCGAUACAACAGGUCUCGUACGCAUAUGAAGGGAAAAUCUGUUGGUGCGUAGUUCACUACACCUAAAGAAGCGGUGCAAUAUUAUAUCAUUAGUAGUAGCUUCGCUAUAAUGUUAUCAAAUAAAAAGUAUGUAUGUUAAACCAUGUUUUAAAAACAAA